AUCAUACUCUACGCCACAUCUGGCACAGACCUCCCACCGUGCGAUGAGUUGUCGUUUUUGAGAGAUAUUACUCCCGCCUGCUUCUACGUUCCCUUGGUUUUCGCGGGUGGUUACCAAAGCUUCGAAUAGUGCACGACUAAUAGCUGGUGCCAGAGCAUUGUCUGAAAAUACGAAAUCUGCGAGGACUUCGCGCAGACGGGCUUCGUUAGUGGACUGAAUCGCCGUUAGAAGAGAAUGGCAUUCAGAGUCCUUUAAAAGGACUUACCACACGAAUUCCAGUCGCCGGCAUGUUGGGUGCAACGUUGAAUAUUCAACUACUGUACAUACGCGAUCGGCUAUUGAUCGACGACUCUUCGCGUGAAAGCCACGUGGCGUUCACGUCAUUCAAUGGAAAACAUGUGAAGUCCAACUUGAAUGAUCGGAACUGAAGCCUGAAUGUCAGACCUCAAGGUCUCAAACACUAGCUUUACUUUCGUAUCCUUAGUUCUAAUAACUUGGACUUGACCUAUCUAAUCAUCUACUCUCAUCUCACUUAUUUUAUAGAAGAAGUCCGGUCUGAAUGAGCCAAUAUGCGGCAGCUUUAGCUCUUGCCCCGAUUUUACGACGACGACUACGCCGAGUCCAUCAUACUAUACCCAGACGAGGAUAUCAUCGUACUUAUAAGAGGUCAAAGCAAACUCGGACAUGGUUCAGACGGUCUCUGCUGGGCGGCGGGUCCAUGAGUUUUUUCUCCUUCGGAAGUGAAGAACCCCAAAAUAAGAAGGGGGAUACAAGGCCACCGGACACAGCACUUAGGGACGGUGGUGUUAAACCUGACAGUGAUGAAGAGACUAGUACACCCUCUGAACAGAAACGCGAAACCUCCUGGCACGGACUGAAUUUGCUGAAACAAUCGCUAUCCGUCAACGCAAUUUCUUCUGCUUUGUCUGCAUGGCGUUGGCCAACGACCUUGGACUUCUCCUCAGUGCAGGAGCGCGUGUCAGCUCUGUUCCUGGAGUUAGGCCUUGGUCCCGGAUCCUUGUACUCGGAAAUCGUUGAUGAGCCUCCAGACCCACUCAUUUAUCCCGAAAUUGAAUGGGACGCAGAAGUUCGUCUGGGUGAAGAGCUUUGCUUGUCGGAAAGAGCUUUCCUCAACCAGAGGAAAAGGGUCAUGACAGUAUCAUUUGCAAGACUCUUUGAUGUACCCGAGAAAGAAAUUGACGAGCGUGACCUCCCGAUCGUCGCAAUUGCUGGUUCUGGUGGUGGAUACCGAGCUAUGUUAAAUACCACAGGUUCAUUAAUCGGUGCUCAACGUAGUGGUAUCUUACCUUGUGUUACUUAUACUGCAGGCGUAUCAGGCAGCUGCUGGGCUUUGAGCGUACUGUAUUCCGGUGUUGCAGGCUCUCACGACGCUCGGGAUGCUGCGGAGCAUAUCAAGAGUCGUCUACAGACAAGCUAUCUGGACACCGUAACACUUGAUGCGUUGACCACGCCCCCAACGAAUAAGUCUGGCAUCUUACGGAAGGCGGCUGGUCCGAUGGGCGUGGCUUCUCUUGUAGAUGUUUACGGCACUCUAUUGGCAUCCAGGCUUUUCGUUCCCAAGGAUUUGAGCAAGUUGGACUUUCAGCAUUUGUCACUGCACUUGAGCCGGCGGAAUAUCGAUAAUGGUCAACUCCCAUUGCCUAUCUAUACUGCUAUCCAACAUGCCACUCCUCCUGCCACCUUGCAAGCUAUUCGCGAGGUUAUACAAGAGAGGGAACGCUCAGUCGACAAAGAUCGUCAGACCGUUCUUGGCGAAGCGCAGUCGCGGCUGGAAGAUGAAACUAGAUGUCUUUGGUACGAGUUUACCCCUUUUGAAAUUGGGUGCGAUGAGAUCGGGGCAUGGAUACCAUCGUGGUCCUUGGGAAGACAAUUCUUGAAUGGCAAAAAUAUCGAACGUCGGCCGGAACUUGGCAUGACCAUCAUGACGGGGAUUUUCGGAUCUGCAUUUUGCGCCUCUCUGAAGCAUUACUUCAGAGAGAUUCAACCGACUUUAAAGCUGCUGCCUUUCCAAUUGUAUGAUUGGCUCGAGGAUAUAGUCACGGAGAACGAACGCGAUCUCGGAUUAAUACAUCCAGUCCUGCCUGAUCAGCUGCCGAAUUUUCUCAAGGGUCUUGAUGGCCAACUGCGUGACGGAAGUCCAGCUGAUCUGACCGAACGGGAAUACAUGACGUUCAUGGAUGCAGGAGCUGAGCUCAAUCUGCCAUACUAUCCGCUUCUUCGACGAGAUGUGGAUUGCAUUAUCGCCCUGGACGCUAGUGCUGAUUCACAGGAUUUAUGGUUCACACGCGCCGAAGAGCUUGCGGCCAAAAGAGGGCUGCGGGCGUGGCCUAAAGGGGCCGGCUGGCCGAUGCCUGUACAGAGCGUCGAAGGCUCGGAGAGAGUUACGCCGUCAACGGACUCGGAUGCAGAUGCAGCCAAUUUGAAACUUGCGAAGACCCAAGAAUCCGCGCUUGCUGAACAGACGGAUAAGCAAGAAUCAACGGAAGAUCGUGAUAUACCCAAAACUCCAUCCUCGGAUUCUGCUCGAGGAUCCCCUUUGCGCGGUUCUGAAGUAUGGAUUGGGUCUUCAAAAUCCUCAAAAGACAUAUCUUCUCGUCUGGAUGACCUUGACGAGGAUGCUCUCAUAAAGCGGGAUGGCAUUGGUGUAGUUUACAUCCCACUAGUCCCGAACGAGCGGAAGGUACCUGAUUUCGACCCGUCCACGAUUUCAACAUGGAGACGGGAGGUUGCUCCGGAGGAAAGCCAGGCGUUGUUGGAUGUUGCCGAGGCCAACUUCUCUGACUCCAAUAGGAAAAUUAUCAGACUUCUUCGUGCGAUUUGGCUUCGUAAGAAGUAUGACAGGGAGAAACAAGAAUGGAGCGCUGGUUGGAAAGAAGCCCUCAAAUCAUUUCACAAGAAUCUACGACAGACAUUUUGAUUGGACUUUCUCCACGAUACCUUAGUGCACGUACUGAUACAACUUUUAUACGAUCUAGACGGGACCGAGGUAGAAUACACGAAACAUAUUCAAGAUAUCGUUCACUCCUUGGUUUGAUACUGUGACCAUAAGAUUCAUGUAUAACGAGGAUGCAAGGGCUUUGUCAAUCCAUCGCCGGGUGUAGGCUGGGUCCGUUAC